AUGCACCCCAGCAGCGCCGCAGUGGCUUCCGCAGCAGCAGCACAAGAAGCAGCAUCGACAACACCGGCAGCAAGUGCAGCAGCGGGAGGAAAAAUUGCAGCAGCAGGAGCAGUGAUAGCAGUAAAAGAGCAACAGUGGAAGCAGCAGAGCUCGAAGCAGCAGCAGCAGCAAGACAACCAGCAGUGCCGGCAGGAAGAGCCGCAGCAGCAGCAGCAGCAAGAACAGCAGCAGCAGCAGCAGCAAGACCAGCAGCAGCAGCAGCAGCGCACUGCAGCAGGAAAGGAUCAUCUAGACGAACGCGGGCGAGGCUGCUGCCGAAGCCAGAAGCAGCACAAAGCGGCAGCAGCAGCGCAGCAGAAAGCAAAUUGGCCCGCAGCAAACUGGCAGCACACUGCAGCAGCAAACGCCCUAGAGACCGCCCCACAACCCGCAGCUCGGGCUCGUGCUGCUGCAGCUGCAGACGCACCUGCAGCAGCAGCAGCAGCAGCAGAACAGCAGCGGCUCAAGUGGCAGCAUAGACCACAUGGGCAGCACACACAGCAGCAGCAGCAGCAGCAGCAGCAGCCAAAGAAACAGGGCAGAGGAGAACGCUACGAGCACACGAAAAGCAGCAGCAGCAGCAGCAGCACAGCCAGAUCGCCUACUUGCUGCUGCAGCAGCUGCAGGGCACCCUUCGCGCGCUGCAGCAGCAAGGGUUGCUCCGACUCUGAGGCCUCAACAUCAGCAGCGGCAGCAGCUGCUGCUGCUGCCGCUGCUGCUUCCCUUUCCCUCUGCUUUUUGCUGCCCCAGUUGAAGCCAAAACCCAAUGGGCGAGCUGCAGGCAGCAGCAGAGGGGUGCUGUUUGCUGCCGUUGCUGCUGCUGCGCUGCUUGCUGCUGGCUGCACGCGACACAGCGGCUUCGAAGACCGCGGCAGCACUGUGGCAAAGCGCAUGCGCCUGUCCCCUGCUGCAGCAGCAGCAGCAGCAGCAGCUGCCGCUGCUGCUGUAGGGUCAGAUGGCAGCGAGAGCGAUGCUAAAAAAGGGCGCUGUGGAGAAGCAGCAGCUGCGGGAGCUGCUGCUGCUGCUGCCACUGCUGCUGCAUCUCCAGGCCUUCUUGCUGCGAGCUGUUCUGCUGCUGCUCUCGGGGCGGCAGACCCCCCUAGCAGCAACAGCAGCAGCAGCAGCGACUGCUGCUGGAGCCGCAUCACAGCAGCGGCGGUUCGCAGCAACUGA